AUUAUGAAUGAGCUCAGUUUUGAAACCAUUUUUGUCCAAUUUGGCUACUGGAUGACGUCACAUUGAUUCUCGACUUGCGUUGAAACGAAACCGAAAGAGUUCUAAGUCCAUUACACAAGUCUAAACUCUUUUGUGAGACGCGAAGAAAAGACUUUCAGAAGCCCAUCCUUCUUAAGGCAGCAUCUAUCCACGAAGAUGUCUGAUGAGAAAUUCUCCGUGGUGACCACAAAUGGUGAUGUGUCCACAGUCACUUCUUUGGAUGAGGUCAUGCAAGAAAUUAAAAAGCAAAAGGAGUCAUAUACGAAGCUGCUGGAGGACCACAGGGAGCUGUCUAAAGAUGUGGAUAGUAAUGUGGACCUAACCAAGCAGUUUCAGAAGCAGAUUGCCACACUUACGGGGAAACUAGCGGAGGAAAAGAAGGAACAAGCCCGGAGUCUGGAACCACACAAGGGGGGCAGGAUGAGGACCCUGCAGGAUGAGGAAAGCAGGCUGAAGGCGGAGAUACAGAAGCUGGAUGAGGACCUGGUCUCCUUGGACAGGCUUACCCAUCAGCUCAAGCAGCGGACACAGGUGUCUACGGCAAUGCCUGAAAAGAGAGUUGUUUUCACCGGCAGUGUCUCUGUCGGGAGGGAAGCCAGUGCCGGGGCUCAGGCAGGGACCAGUAGCAUUGACAUGAAGGUUCGAAUCAUGUACCCCAUGGAGGGUGGGACAGCACUGGUCACUUUCGAAGAUGAGAAAGUGGCUCAGAAUAUUGUGAGGAUGGAGCACCAUGAGAUUCACGUGGGGGAUUGUGUCCUGAGGCUGAAGGCUAAGCCCAUGCACUUCCUGAUGCCCAGCCACAUAGAGAUGGACACCCAUGUGUGCCCCAGACGCAUCUUGGUCUCUGACCUACCGAAGGUGGACGAUGAGAAUCGACUGAUGGACAGGCUGGAGAUCCACUUCCAGAAGAAACGGAAUGGGGGCGGCGAGGUCGAGUCUGUUGACAUGCUGCACGACUCUGGGAACGUGGUCAUCACUUUUAUGGAGGACAAUGUGGCAAAGGGCUUGACAGACACAAAGUACCACGACUUGGAUAAUAAGUACAAGCUGAGAGUGACACCAUUUGUCAAUGGAGAGAUCACAGAUUUACAGACGCGGAUGUCAGUGUCCCAACGCACCGUGCUGCUGACGGGGAUCCCUGACAUCAUGGAGCAGGAGAACAUGCAGGACAGCCUGGAGAUCCACUUUCAAAAGGGCGGUAAUGGUGGAGGAGAGGUGGACGCCUUUGUCUACAACCCCAUGGGCCAUAGAAAGCUGGCCAUUUUCAUGGAGGACUCUCCCAAGUAGAAAUAGAAGAUUUGAGAAAGGAACAGGCACACACCUCACAACCAGAUGUGACUAACUGUUAUCUCCCCCAUGCUCCACAGUCCACCCAACCCAGUACAUCUCUGAAAUACAGCCUAACCUGCUGGAUUUCUUUCUGCUGAUCUAGAAUGUAAAGUUUAUGGAUAAACUUUAGUGUGGUUGCUUCAACAGUUGUUUAGCUGUUACCAGAUGAAAUCUUAGAGAGCUGUAGCAUCUUCAGAUUUUACCAGUGUAGCUUUAUGAACAUUACAACCCAAUGGGUUUUUGUGGACUUAUCAAAUAGUGGCACCAAAUUGUGUCUUCCAAACUUCCAGAAAAAAGCACCCAAAUUAAACGUUGAAUAUCUCAGCCAUUGAUUUGUGUACAGAACGGGCAGGCAACUCAAAAUAAAGAUUUAUACAGGCAAAUUACUCUGAUCCAAGGUGAAUAUUAGAAAGUUGGAAUGGCAUGUCUAGCUUAAAAGCUGUAAGUUUUGAAAUUUAUGCGGAAAGAAAAUAAUAGUAGUAAGCCUGCGACAGGCAGCUUUCUCAACAAUAGCAAAUGUUGUGAAAACAUUGUGAAAAUCAUAACACCCAUUGGCCCUGCCCACUGAGAGACACAGUCCCACGCCUCUGCUUCUCCACACGCUAAUCCUGAGCGCGCAUCAAUGUUUCUAGCUGUGACUCCCAGGGAUUAAAUGGGAUAAAAUAUCACAACUGAAACU